AUGGUGGACAAUGACCUGGGCUUCCAGCAGGUGGAGACCAAGUGUCCCUCCCAGACCAAAACCUUCCUGUUCAUCUCCAAUGACAAGAAGGUGGCUGGGUGCCUAAUUGCUGAGCACAUUCAGGAGGUGAGCGAUACGUCUGUGUGAGUUGGGGCUGUACUACUUCUCCCCUAGUACUUGUUGAGUGUUGUAGUAUUCUCUAUAGAGCUCAGUGGGAGCGUUUCCCAAGCAGUCUCAAUUAUAGGGAUAUCACAGUAGACUGUCUGCUCAGUCUGAGUCAGUAUAACACUAGUAAUUAGUCAGUCCUAUAAAUAGGACUGCAGGCAGUUUGUUCCCAAUUUAUUUCACCGCAGGUUCAUGUCAUUAUAAAAGCCUUAUUGUUUCCCAUGGAGCCCAUGUAAGUGAUCACGUAGUACUGGAUGCAGUAUCCGUCACCUAGCUUGUAUUGCAAUAACAAAGCCAGGAGUAUGUCAUUGGCUAAUUACUGUAGAAGCUGUUUUGUUGUCUGAUUGUAAAAUUCUGGUACCGUGGCCAUUGUGAGAGCAGGCUAAAUGAAUAAUAGUCAAACGAGUGAAUGAGUGGGUGUGUGGAGUGAUUUACCGCACAGAGUAGUGUGCUUAUCUCUCCCUCUGCCCCAUGGUGGAAACUGGGAUGUCACCAGGCAGAUUAAAAACUUGGCACAGCUGAUACAGAGUGCUGAAAAUGGAAGGGGUGUGGGACCUCUGAGUGUGUGUGUUUCUGUCCGCGAAUGUGUGUUUUGGGAUGAUCUGCCGAUACGGGAAGUGUGUGUUUGAAAUGCGAGGUGGACAUUUUAUCGUAAUUAUGUAUUCGCUCUUGUUGCGUGUGUGUGUGCAGGGCUACAGGGUGAUCGAGGAGGCGGUGCCCGAGGGCUCGGAGGGAGAGAAGGUGAUGUUUGAGCGUCAGAGAGCCUGGUGCUGUUCCACCACCCCAGAGCCAGCCCUCUGUGGCAUCAGCCGUAUCUGGGUCUUCAGCAUGUUGAGACGGAGGGGCAUCGCCUCGCGCAUGAUUGAGUGUCUCAGGUCAGUCUUACUUGGGCGUGAAUUGUAGCUGCAACACUUUUCUUUUGUGUGUGUGUGUGUGUGUGUGUGUGUAAAAAUCUACAGAAUUUCAUCCUUCAGUCACCUAUAUAAACUGCUCCCCACUGGAGACGGUUCAAUCCCUGCGUCCACCUUUCCUGCUGUACUCCCACUUGCCUGUCUCCACCUCUGUUUCGGACUGUCAAAAUACACUGCUCAAAAAAAUAAAGGGAACACUAAAAUAACACAUCCUAGAUCUGAAUGAAUGAAAUAAUCUUAUUAAAUACUUUAUUCUUUACAUAGUUGAAUAUGCUGACAACAAAAUCACACACAAAUUAUCAAUGGAAAUCAAAUUUAUCAACCCAUGGAGGUCUGGAUUUGGAGUCACCCUCAAAAUUAAAGUGGAAAACAAUCACACUACAGGCUGAUCCAACUUUGAUGUAAUGUCCUUAAAACAAGUCAAAAUGAGGCUCAGUAGUGUGUGUGGCCUCCACGUGCCUGUAUGACCUCCCUACAACGCCUGGGCAUGCUCCUGAUGAGGUGGCGGAUGGUCUCCUGAGGGAUCUCCUCCCUGGACUAAAGCAUCCGCCAACUCCUGGACAGUCUGUGGUGCAAUGUGGCGUUGGUGGAUGGAGCGAGACAUGAUGUCCCAGAUGUGCUCAAUUGGAUUCAGGUCUGGGGAACGGGCGGGCCAGUCCAUAGCAUCAAUGCCUUCCUCUUGCAGGAACUGCUGACACACUCCAGCCACAUGAGGUCUAGCAUUGUCUUGCAUUAGGAGGAACCCAGGGCCAACCGCACCAGCAUAUGGUCUCACAAGGGGUCUGAGGAUCUCAUCUCGGUACCCAAUGGCAGUCAGGCUACCUCUGGCGAGCACAUGGAGGGCUGUGCGGCCCCCCAAAGAAAUGCCACCCCACACCAUGACUGACCCACGCCAAACCGGUCAUGCUGGAGGAUGUUGCAGGCAGCAGAACGUUCUCCACGGCGUCUCCAGACUCUGUCACGUCUGUCACGUGCUCAGUGUGAACCUGCUUUCAUCUGUGAAGAGCACAGGGCGCCAGUGGCGAAUUUGCCAAUCUUGGUGUUCUCUGGCAAAUGCCAAACGUUCUGCACGGUGUUGGGCUGUAAGCACAACCCCCACCUGUGGACGUCGGGCCCUCAUACCACCCUCAUGGAGUCUGUUUCUGACCGUUUGAGCAGACACAUGCACAUUUGUGGCCUGCUGGAGGUCAUUUUGCAGGGCUCUGGCAGUGCUCCUCCUGCUCCUCCUUGCACAAAGGCGGAGGUAGCAGUCCUGCUGCUGGGUUGUUGCCCUCCUACGGCCUCCUCCACGUCUCCUGAUGUACUGGCCUGUCUCCUGGUAGCGCCUCCAUGCUCUGGACACUACGCUGACAGACACAGCAAACCUUCUUGCCACAGCUCGCAUUGAUGUGCCAUCCUGGAUGAGCUGCACUACCUGAGCCACUUGUGUGGGUUGUAGACUCCGUCUCAUGCUACCACUAGAGUGAAAGCACCGCCAGCAUUCAAAAGUGACCAAAACAUCAGCCAGGAAGCAUAGGAACUGAGAAGUGGUCCGUGGUCACCACCUGCAAAACCAGUCCUUUAUUGGGGGUGUCUUGCUAAUUGCCUAUAAUUUCCACCAGUUGUCUAUUCCAUUUGCACAACAGCAUGUGCAAUUUAUUGUCAAUCAGUGUUGCUUCCUAAGUGGACAGUUUGAUUUCACAGAAGUGUGAUUGACUUGGAGUUACAUUGUGUUGUUUAAGUGUUCCUUUAUUUUUUUGAGCAGUGUAAUUGUCAAAAGUGUACACAUAAAAUGUAAAAUAUAUAUUUAAAUCUGUAGUUUCUUCUCGUAUUGCCCUCCUCAGGAACAACUUCAUUUACGGCUCCUACCUGAGCAAGGAGGAGAUUGCCUUCUCCGACCCCACGCCCGACGGGAAGCUCUUCGCUACACACUACUGCGGCACCUCGCAGUUCCUGGUUUAUAACUUUGUCAGUGGAACUCGUUCAGAUCAACCAAGUCGGAGUGUGGUGUAA